CCGUCCCCACUCCCUUGCACGAAUUUCAUCGUCUCUGUCCUGUAGCAUCGCCUGCACAAGUACGAAACACAUAGCCAUUGUUUGCGCUUAAAUCACAAACUAUUCUCAACGCGAACCAGUGAGAGACGGAGAAGAAAGCAGGAACCAUCAAAACCGCCCCGCGGCGCAGUCGCCGAUUGGCGGUACACAUCUGAGCUCUGAACGUCCGCCGCAGCAUAGUAGGAUUCGCAGCAGGGACCGCAGUGUAGAACGCAUAGCCUCACAGCGUCGUACUAUCAGCAGCCUCGACAAUAUAGCCCCGCCGCUGUAGGUUGCGGAAUUGUACACCCUCAGGUUCGAGUCAUUGCAAGAUGAUCAUCGACAAACAGCUCCUUCCUGACGAUCCCACUCCAGAGGACGCACCUCCAGCCUACGAUUACUCGAGCUCUUCCAGCUUUGUUCCACCACUCCCGGAGAAAGAUGCAGGACCUUCCACUGAGCUCAAGUCCCCCUCUCUUCCUCCGUCACCCUCCAGCAGCUCGGGCCUAUCUCCACCCCUAGUAGCCAAGAAAGCAUCGUCGAAAGGCAAGGGAAGAUGGUUCAACUUUGGUCAGUCGAAAGCGACGAAAGAAGUCGAGAAGACGGUCAUGAACCUCAUCCGAGAUGUCGUCAAAGUGCCUGACGCUGCUGCCCUCUCCGUGCUGCGCAACUGCGAGGAGGCCUGCGCGUCGCACAACCUUUCCUUCGCUUCGCUUCUCCAGGAACAGAGCAUCGAAGGACGCUCGGCGAUAUACUGGGCAAUCAUAAAACGCCCACGCGACCAACCCGGCCCCGAGGGUCUCGAGCUCGUCGAGGCGAUGCUCACCAUGGCCAUGCCACUGUCCGACGCCGCCGUCUCCGAAAUACGGCUCGCGUGCCUGCAGACCUCGGACGAGGUCCUGUUCCAACGCUUGCGACGCACGCCGGCGUUCUCGCCACUUUCAGGCAAAGAUGAAAUUCUGCUCGGUGCGAACAUACCGCCUGACGAGAUCGUCGUUCAAGAACUUGCCGGCAAUCAGGGAGAGUUUAUCGCAUCCUUCCGGAUACCGCAGUUUCAGAGGCGGAUGAGGGUGUCUAAGCAGGUGUGCCUGGAGUUCAUCGCCCGAGGUCGGAUGUGGUGCCUGAAGUUCCUCGAGUCGGACGGCAUAAGCUAUCAUAUGGCUGAGAAAGGCGCAUGGGUGGUCUCGCUUUCGCUGAUGGACCACAGUCCGCCGACGUGGAUCGACUCGCACCUGCUCAUCGAUGAUACGCGAAGACAGCCUGGCACACCAUCUUCCUCGAAGGCUUCCGCGAAGUCUAUCAUCAACGGCGUGCUGGAGAAUAAGUCAAUGCCGCAGAUCGAACUCCGUCUCAAGACAUCGGGCGAGCAACUCGCCCCACUGGAGCUGAACCGGCAACACGAUUUCGAUCGCCACAUCUCCGUAUCACUCAGCAAGAGCCAGAUGGGCCACAGCUUACAGUUUGAUGGAUGCACAUAUAUCGCGAGCGACGGGUCCCUGACUGCGAGAUUGGAAGCACGACUGGCAAAACCAGACAACGAGUGUAUCAUAUGCUGACCUCACUGGGGUUGCGGACUGUGACUAGUACCGAUACCUAAAUAAUGUACGAGAGCCUUGCUCUCAGCUCGCCAUGUAAUUCUAUCCCG